ACAAUCUGACUGAACUACUCUCUCGUUUUAAUGGAGCUGUCCCCCUUCUUGAACUUGGUUGAGGUUGGUGGGAAUGAAGCCAAUUUGGAAGGCAGUGCAUGCAUUGUUGCAUUUCCAAAUCACCACUCCUCCCUGCCAAUAUAUUCUCCACAUUCUGGAUGGAGCUGCUGCACACUGGUGCUUCUCCUCCACAGGCAGGCACCUUCCACGUGCAGCAAACCCCAGGGUGAAGGUACUCAGCAACCUCUGUCCUGGGUCUAGCUGUCAACCCCAAGCCUGCCUCCCUGCUGUUCCUCCCAGGGCAGGGCUGUGGGGAGGAGCUUGUCUACUGGGGCUUCAGUGGCUGGCUCUCUCGCAGCCCAUCCUGAUGUACUCAGAUUCCUGAGGUGGGCAGGCUGGGCCUGGUCCUCUUGGCCCCCCUUGUUGCCCAGGGACUCCUAUAGUAGAAAGGCAUCUUAAAGAGGCUGUGCUGCCAAUCUCUGCAGCAGCCAGUGUAGGGGUUGUGUUCAUUUCCCAUCGUUGCUGUAACAAAUUAACAAACAUUGAGUGGCUCAAAACAACACAAAUUUGUUCUCUAUGGCUCUGGUCAGAAGUCCAAAACGAGUUUCACUGAACUAAACUCAGGUUGUCAGAAGGGCUGGUUUUCUUCGGAGGUUCUAGGGGAGAAUCCUUUUUCUUGCCUUUUCUGGCUUCUAGCAGCUGCCUGUGUUACUAGCUUGUGCCAGGAAUUCCUCUAUCUUCAGAGACCAUCAUUCUAGUCUCUGCUUUCAUCAUCACUUUGCUGUCCCCUCUUCUGUAUUCAUUUGUCCCUCCACCUGCCUCCAAUACGGACACUUGUGAUCACAUUUAGAGCCCACCCAGCUAAUCUAAGACAGUUUCUUCCUCUCAAGAACCUUAACUUUAUCACAUAUGCAAAGGUCCCAGGUCCCAGAGAUUAGGGCCUGGACAUCUUUAGAGUCAGUAUUCAGUUUACUACACGGGUUGUCCAGGCUCUGCCUUGAGGACCACGUGUUCUUACCCAUCAUCAGUUGGCCCAGUCCUGUGAGAGCGGUCAGGCUGGGGCUGCGUGCUCCUGGGGCCGAGUGAGACCAAUAUGGCCUUUCCAAUGCUUUCUGACUCCCAUCUGCCAAAACAAGAAAAAUCAGUAGUUACUAGAUAUUUAACAAGUAACUGCUAUGUUCUACCACUUCCAGAGGUAGGGUUUUGCUCUUCAGUCAGAUUCCUCUUUGAGUUUGUGGACAGACAGCCACAGAGUCUCAAAAGCAGAAGGAGAUUGCAUAAACAUGGGACUCAAACUGGAGGCCCCUGGGCGAAAUCAGCAAGAUUCUCCAGGCUUGGCCCUUGAUGCUAAAGAGAGAGAGGAAGGAAUCUAGGAAAUCUUCUCUCAAGACAGCAGCCAUGCCUACAAGACCACGCAUUUCCAUAUAAUUCUAUUUCACACAUCGGAAGGCGAACAUUCCCUUGGCCCACAUUGCAUGUUAUCUUUGUAACAAUCCUCUGUCACAUUUCCCAGUAGAUGAAUAUGAUCAAGCUCAGGUUCUCAGAAAAGCAAACAGGAAAAUCACAUUAAUACUUUGUAAAGAAUAUCCUUCUCACUUUAGUUGUUGUAGAGUGCUGCUCCCAAGAAAUUAACUGUACAGUCAUUCAACACAUGGAUGAGGUGAUGGACCAUUUCAUUGUAGUUGCAUUUUGGGGCAAGGUGGGGCACGGAGGACAGUGAAGACUAAUUUCUCUUGCUUGCUAAUUUUGUCUUUGAAAAUCUGGCCCUGGACUCAUUUCCUCAACUAAAUUUUACAUUUUCAUGAAGACAAGAAAGAUUUUGUUCUUUUGAGACCCUAUGCAUAGCACCAUCAUGAAUUGCUGGAGAUGCCUGGUGCCUGUCACAGAAAGGAAGAGGGGGUUGAGUCCACAUUUUCCUGCCUAGGAGGAGAGCUCUCUGCUUGGCUCCUCUUCCCCUCCUCCACCCCUGCCCCUCCCUGUCCACCAGAUACAUCAUUCCAGAUGCCUCAGUGUUGGGAACACUCAGUGCCAGAUCUUCACCUUGGCAGAACCCUGAGCAGGGCGCAGACAUUGUGGGCCUAGUCCAGAAAGCCGACCCCGGGUCAUGUGCUGUAAGAAGUUCCAUGUCAUGACACAAGGGAAGGAGCGAAACCCUUCCAGCUGCUGCUUUUCUUGGUGGAACUUGAUGAUAUGCAGUCCGGGAAAGCGAUCAUUCCUUCUAACGCUGGAUACAGCUAAAUCCAAACAGCACGUGGCCACAUCUAGCCUGCAACGGACUUGGCCUGGCCAGAGCAGGGCAGGAGGCCAGAACAAAGAAAAGGAGCCAGAUAUUAUGAAAUAUUGGUCUGUGCUCAGCAGGCUUAUGCAGCCUCUAGCAAGUAUGUGGACAAGAAUGCAGAGCUUGCCUAUUUGUUUGUGAACAUGAAGCUGCAGACAGGGAGCUGAGGGGAAAUAUUGAUUAAUUUGAUCCCGUUCAAAAGAGGAGAGCUGAAAUCCAAGAUGGAGAAAUUGAUGUGAAGUAUAUGCUCAUUAGUGGCAAAGCUGGGGGUUGGACCUAGAGAGUCCAGCUCCUGUGUAUCCUUCAGCGCAUCCUUCCAGAUGCUGCCUUUCUGAAGUGAGUGUAAGUAUUUGUUGAAAGAUAACACAAUUCAUCAUCUCCCGUGUCUCAGCUGGUGUCAGGAACCCCAGCCCAUGUAAUGAAGAGACAGAUCCAGGUAUUUCUCAUGUCUUUAAAAUCCUUCUGCUAGCACUGCUUCCCCCAGGUUAUCUGGGAGCAUUGAAAAUUCUUCUAGAUAAACCCCUGAUGGCCUGAGCUAAUUCUUUCCCCCAUGUGCCCUGAAGUCCCCAGGGCCAGAACUGGCUCCUAUGUGUUGGGAAGGGCUUGGUCUCUGCAGGCUGGAGGCCAGAGUUGGAAUCCCAGCUCUUCUACUUAGGUGGUGUGUCACCUUGAGCAAAUUUCGAAGUCUCUUUUUCGAGUUCCUCAGCCAUAAAAUGGUACGAUAUUUCCUUCCUACCUGCUAGAGUCAUUGUGAGAAUAUCUGGAGGCAACAUCCUUCUAGCCAUAACAGUGAAAAACAUGUAACAAACUCAUGGUGUCAUCAGAUGUUGGUGGAGUCCUCAGGUGGUGGCACCCAGAGCUGCUAUCCAGUAUUCCAUGCUUCACCAGCCCUGUCCCAUAAGUUUGGAAAGAUAAGUGGCCUGAAUGUAGGCAAGGCUAGAUUUGCCAGAAUUGGCAUAAGGGAAAUUAUUAUAUCAUUACCUUUUUACUUGAGACAGUGAGUUGCUGGAGGGCAGGGGCCAAGCCUUCUUCUCACUGGUGUCCUUAUUUCAUGGUCCAGUGCUUGGCAUUAGGGAAGGUCAGAAUAGAAGGAUAAAAUUGUAAUGCAGCACAAUUUGUCUGGGGAGCAACCUCACCCCUACAUUGUUCCUUUGGAGGAAGCUGCCUCCUGCCCCAGGAUGCUCUGGAUUCCCACACUGGUUCCCUGAGGGUCUCCAAAGUGCAUGCCUAACAUCAUAUGCCUUUCCCAGUAUCCUUCACUCCCUAUUGUCUACCAGUCACAUGUUGGGUUCCAGGCAGUUAUAGAUAGCAACUCAAUACCUACAAUAACAUAAACCACUCUGGUGAAGGAGGGAGUCUGAAAAGGUGAACUCAUACUCAGAUAUUACCCAGCCAGAGUCUUCUUCCUGCUAGGCCAUAUUCUUCAGUAGAACCCUAAUGCUUUCAAGGCUUCUCAAGAAAGCCUCCUUCUUGAGGCUUUCUCAAAUCCCCAAAUUUGAGAAACACCGUUAUAGCAUUUUAUGUUCUCCCAUGAAAUACAGUAGAGUGGGCUGCAAGAGUUAAAUUUUCAAUUUCUGUCACUGUCCUUGAAAAACAAUUUUUACCUUGGCUUUUGCUGAAAUGAUUUUUUGAAUUGCUUUUCGUAUUUCAUGAGGGUGGAGAAUUCAUUUGGAUUAUAGAUUUCUGCCAUCUCUAAGUUUGACAUUCCUUUCUUUCUUGCUUUAAAAGCUAAUAUUUUCUGGUUCUUGUCUCCCUGUGUACCACUCCCUCCCCACGCCCAUCCCAACUGAGAACCAUCAUUUUCUAAGGCUUCUUUUGGUUCUCAUUCCUUCCCCAGCACUAGCUAUUGCCAUUUGUUCACCAAGGAAGUUUCCAUCACAUAAUAAGAUUACAAUAUCCCUGAUGUUAUGCUAUGGAAGCUAAGCAGCAGAACCUGGGCAGACAGCCGUGGACACAUGACUGGCUCCUCCUACCAUAUUUGCUUGAAGUAAAUGAGAUUCAGAUCUGCGCCUCAGAGGAAUUUCAAAUUACACCCUGCCGUGGACCUUUAGCCUCUUACCUUCCCCAACUCCCCCCUCUCCACCCCCCAACAAAUCCAUUAAGGUAAAAUAUCUAUGGUGUUUUUAACUGUUCAAAAUAGUUUUAUUCAAAUGUGCCAAGAGGGCAUUUGCUUAGGCAGAUUAAGAAAUGGGCCGGGCAUGGUGACUCACGCCUGUAAUCCCAACACUUUGGGAGGCCGAGGUGGGCAGAUCAUGAGGUCAGGAGAUCAAGAUCAUCCUGGCCAACAUGGUGAAACCCCGUCUCUACUAAAAAUAUAAAAAUUAGCUGGGUGUGGUGGCGUGUACCUGUAGUCCCAGCUACUUGAGAGGCUGAGGCAGGAGAAUCACUUGAACCCGGAGGGCAGAGGUUGCAGUGAGCCGAGGUCAUACCACUGCACUCCAGCCUGGCGACAGAGUGAGACGCCAUCUCAGAAAAAAAAAAAAAUGGUUAGGAGAAGAUCACAAGAGAUUUUUAUUGCAAAUAGGAACCUUUUUCUGUAUGUAAGAACCCACUGUGUGGGCUGUCAUUUACAAGGCAGGGCUGGCUUCUAGGAUUUAGCACACACUGAAUUGCAGCAAGUCAAGGCUGUGUGAAGUCAUGGGAAAUGGCUAUGUGAAGUCACAGAAAGGGACAACGUGAAGUCACAGGAAGAAGCAGAGUGAAGUCACAGGAAGGAGCAGUGUGAAACAAUAGGAAGGGGCUGGAAGAUGUCAUAAGAAGAAAUUAUGUGAAGUCACAGGAAGGGGCUGUGUGAAGCCACAGAAAGUGGCUGGGUGAAGCCAGAGAAAGGGGCUAUGUGACAUCACAGGAAGGAACUGUGUGAAGCCAAAGGAAGGGGUUGUGUGAAGUCACAGGAGGAGGCUGUGUGAAGCCACAAGGUCAGUAUGAAGCCACAGGAAGAGGCAGUGUGAAGUUAGGAAGGGGCAGUGUGAAGCCAGGAAGGGGUAAUGUGAAGCCAAGGAAGGGGCUGUGUGAAGUCAUAGGAAGGGGUAGUGUGAAGCCAGAUAAAAGGGCAGUGUGAAGUCACAGGAAGCGGCAGUGUAAAGCCAAAGGAAGGAGCAGUGUGAAGCCAAAGGAAGGAGGAGUGUGAAGCCAAAUAAAGGGGCUGUGUGAAGUAACAGGGACAGUGUGAGGCCAAAGGAAGGGACAAUGUGAGGCCAAAGGAAGGGACAGUGUUGAGCCAUAGGCAGGGGCUGUGUGAAGCCACAGGAAGGGGAAUGGGAAGUUAUAGGAAGGAGAGUGGGAAGUCACAAAAAGGGACUAUGGAAAGUCACAGGAAGGGGCAGAGGGAAGUCAAAAGAAGAGGCUGUGGGAAGCCAUAGAAAGGGGCUGUUUGAAGCCACUGGAAGGGGCAGUGUGAGGUCACAGGAAGGGGCAGUGUGAGGUCACAGGAAGGGGCUGUGUGAAGCCACUGGAAGUAACUGUGUGAAGCCACUGAAUGGGGCAGUGUGAAGCCACAGGAAGGAGCUGUGUGAUAUCACAAGUAGGGGCAGUGUGAACUCACAGGAAGUGGCUCUAUUAAGCCACAGGGAGCCACAGGAAGGCAGAGUGUGAAGUCACAUGAAAGGGGCUGUGUGAGGCCACAGGAAGGGGCUGUGUGAAGUCACAGGAAGGUAAGUGGAAAGUCACAUGAAGGGGCUGUGUGAAGUCACAGGGAAGGGCAGUGUGAGGCCAGAGGAAGGAGCUGUGUGUAGCCACAGGAAGGGGCAGUGUGAAGUCACAGGAAGGGGCAGUGGGGUCACUGGAAAGGGCUAUGCGAAGUCAGAGAAGGGUUGUGUGAGGCCACAGGACGAAGCAGUGUGAAGCCACAGGAAGGGGCUGUGUGAAUCACAGGAAAAGGCAGUGUGAAGUCACAGAAGGGGUUUUGUGAAGCCACAGGAAGGGGCAUGGGAAAUCACAGGAACAGGCUGUGGGAAGUCACAGGGAGGGGCAGAGGAAAGUCACAGGAAGGGGCAGUGGGGUCACAGGAAGGGCCUAUGUGAAGUCAGAGAAAGGGGUUGUGUGAGGCCACGGGAAGAAGCAGUGUGAAGCCACAGGAAGGGGCUGUGUGAAUCACAGGAAGAGGCAGUGUGAAGUCACAGAAGGGGUUUUGUGAAGCUACAGGAAGGGGCAUGGGAAAUCACGGGAAUGGGCUGUGGGAAGUCACAGGGAGGGGCAGAUGGAAGUCACAGGAAGGGGCAGUGGAAAGUCACAAGAAGCCACUGGAAGGGGCAGUGUGAAGUCACAGGAAGGGGCAAUAUGAGGUCACAGGAAGGGCUGUGUGAAGUCACUGGAAGGGGCAGUGAGAAGUCACAGGGAGUGGCUGUGGGAAGUCACAGGAAGAGGCAAAUGUGAAGCCACAAGAAUGGGCAGUGUGAAAUCGCAGGCGUCUUGGCUCUGGAGAAGGCUGCGUGGCAAGAGGCGGCCAGUGAUAGCGUUCUGCCUCUUGAUGACCCUAUCUGCGAUGGCUGUCACCCUCUUUCCCCCACAGCAUCCAUCCGCUGGCCCAGACCCGGGUCCCAUGGAGCCUCAGGGCGUAACUGGCGCCCCUGCAACCCAUAUCCGGCAGGCUUUGAGCUCCAGCCGGAGGCAGCGGGCAAGAAACAUGGGCUUCUGGAGAAGCCAUGCUUUGCCCAGGAACUCCGUCUUGGUCUGUGCUGAGGAGCAAGGCCAUAGAGCAGGAGUGGACAGAAGCAGGGAGUCCCCAGGAGGGGACCUCAGGCAUCCAGGGAGGGUGAGGAGGGACAUUACUUUGUCAGGACAUCCAAGACUCAGUACUCAGCAUGUUGUGCUCCUGAGGGAGGAUGAGGUCGGAGAUCCAGGAGCCAAAGACCUGGGCCACCCCCAGCAUGGCGGUCCCAUCCAGGAGACGCAGAGUGAGAUGGUCACCCUGGUCAGUCCACUCCCAGGGAGCGACGUGGCAGUUUUACCGGCUUGGAGAGCUACUUCUGGGCUGACACUCUGGCCUCAUACAGCAGAAGGCAGGGAUCUGCUGGGAGCUGAGAACAGAGCCUUGACUGGUGGGCAACAAGCAGAGGAUCCCACCUUGGCUUCAGGGGCUCAUCAGUGGCCUGGCUCUGUUGAGAAGCUGCAAGGGUCAGUGUGGUGUGAUGCUGAGACGCUGUUGAGCAGCUUGAGGACUGGUGGGCAGGCUCCCCCAUGGCUGACAGACCACGAUGUGCAGAUGCUCCGGCUGUUGGCGCAGGGGGAGGUGGUGGACAAAGCCAGGAUCCCCGCCCACGGGCAGGUGCUACAGGUUGGCUUCUCUGCUGAGGCUGCCCUUCAAGACCUGUCCUCUCCCACACUCAGCCAACUCUGCUCCCAAGGGCUCUGUGGCCUGAUCAAGAGGCCUGGGGACCUGCCUGAGGUCCUAUCCUUCCACGUAGAUCGUGUGCUGGGGCUGCGCCGGAGCCUACCUGCUGUGGCCCGCCGCUUCCAUAGCCCCCUCCUGCCCUACCGCUACACAGACGGUGGAGCAAGGCCUGUCAUCUGGUGGGCGCCCGAUGUGCAGCACCUGAGCGACCCAGAUGAGGAUCAGAACUCUCUGGCUUUGGGCUGGCUACAGUACCAGGCCCUGCUGGCACACGGCUGCAAAUGGCCAGGCCAGGCCCCAUGCCUGGGCAUCCACCAUACCGAGUGGGCACGCCUGGCGCUCUUCGACUUCCUGUUGCAGGUCCACGACCGCUUGGAUCGCUACUGCUGUGGCUUCGAGCCUGAGCCCUCAGACCCCUGUGUGGAAGAGAGGCUCCGAGAGAAAUGCCGGAACCCAGCCGAGCUGCGGCUGGUCCACAUCCUGGUCCGGAGCAGCGAUCCAUCUCACCUGGUCUACAUCGAUAACGCUGGCAACCUUCAGCACCCUGAGGACAAGCUGAACUUUCGGCUGCUGGAGGGCAUAGAUGGGUUUCCUGAGUCUGCCGUGAAGGUUCUCGCAUCAGGGUGUUUACAGAACAUGCUGCUUAAGUCGCUGCAGAUGGACCCCGUGUUCUGGAAAAGCCAAGGCGGGGCCCAGGGGCUGAAGCAGGUCCUCCAGACCCUGGAGCGGCGAGGACAGGUGCUGCUGGGACACAUCCGAAAGCACAACCUCACACUCUUCAGGGAUGAGGACCCGUAAGCCUCACACAGCCCUGAGUCAAUGAGCAUCCAUCCUGAUGGCCACAUUUUCUUGAACUCACUCAUCUUGAGGACAAAUGGGAAAAGCCAGAAGCCAGAGGGGCACAAGGAUGUCAUGGGAUAUUUCACCUGCCUGGGAUGGUGGAGGUAGCAUGGGGUUUUCAAUCUCAGUGCGUCCCUUUCUGCCUUGUUGGCUCUGGCUAUUUAUUCCCUUGGGCCAACAAAUACAUUCAAAAAUCUUCUUGAGCUGCUCAAGAAACUGUAAAAAUGUGUGAUGCACGUGCAUAUGCAGAGCGGGAAAAGUUUGUGUGUGUGUAGAGGCGUGUAGGUGUGGGUGGCAUGUGUGCAUGCCUGCAUGCAAUACAUGAGACAAACCUAAUAAAGGUACAAUCUUCAUAGAACUGCACUUGCAGCCUAGAGUUGCUCUGGCUGAAAGUAGACUCAGGCCUAAGAAAUGAAACAUAAUGCGUUUGUCUUUAUAGACUUUAAAUUUUCAAUUAUUACUCAGUUAUGUUUUUUGGUUUAAAAAAUUAUAAAAGUCUAAAAGUAAUACAUGCUCAGUAAAAAAAAAGUCCAUAAAUAAUAGAAGCAUAUGACAAAAAGCAUAAGUCCCACAAAUUCCCUAACGGUGUGUAUGUGUGUGUGUUAUUCAUGGCCACACUACAUGCAAAUUAAAAAAUAAAAGUGUGGUCAUGCUUUGUCAACUCACUAUAUUUUUACUUUAUUAACUAUAUUCUAUAUCAGCCAUCUGAAUUGACCCAAUCUUUGUUGGUGACUGCAUGAAAUUCCAAGGCAGGGAUGUGUCAUACUUUCUUUAGCUGGUCCCAUAAUCAUCAACAUUUAAGUAGCUCCAAUUUUUCAUCAAUUACAGACAUUGCUGCCAUGAACAUGAUCGCAUGGCAUGCAAGUAUUUCUGCGAGCUAGAUUUCCAUAAGGGAUUUCCGGGGCAAAGGGUAUGGGCAUUCAGUAUUCUGAGAGAAACUGCCAAAUUGCUCUCUGAAAUGGUGGUGUCAAUUUACAUUUCUCCCAAGAGGGUAGGAGACUGAUUAUUUUUCUACACCCUCACCAACACUUGACAUUCUCAGACUUUUGGGUUUUUUUUUUUUUUUUUUUUUUUGGUCUAUUUAGGAGGAAAACCUAUUUUAAAAGCUGCAUUUCCUUAAUCAUGAAUGAAGUCAUCUUUCCACUUAUUUGCCAGACAUUUGUAUUUUCUUUUCUGCAUUAUCUUUUUCUUUUAAGAUGUUUGCCCUUUGCUUGUUGAUUUGUUGGAAAUCUUUGACUCUAAUGAGUGUGAUCGAUCUUUUCUCUGUUGACUUGGUGUAAAUGUUUUCUUCCAGCCUGUCAUUUGUCUCUUAACUUUGUUUAUAGUCUUUUGCCAAGUGUAAAAUGUUAAUUUCCACGUAGUCAAAUUUGUUUAUCCUUCCCUUUAAGUCUUUUGAGUUUCAUGCCUUUUUAGAAAGGCUGUCACCACUUCAAGAUUAUUGAAAUAAUCUCCUGUGUUUUAUUCUAGCAUUAUACAGUAUUUCUUAUAUAUUAUAUAGCAUUUCUUAUAUAUUUUCAUAUAUUUCUUAUAUAUUCCUCUAAAUUAAUAUAUAAAACCUGUAUUUUAUAUGGAUUUAAGCAGAGAAUGGUGUGAGUUAGGGAUCUAACAAGUUUCAUUUCCCUUCAAAUGGAUAGUUAGUUGCUGUAACAUUAUUUCACAUUCCAUUCUUUCUUUACUGCUGUGAAAGUACACUUUUGUCAGAUAUUAGGUUCCCACAUGCACGGAGGUCCAUUUGUGAACUCUGUUCUGAUAUUAUUUUUCAGUUCCUGCAUUAGUAUGACAGUGUUUUAAUUAAAGUUACUUUAUUCUUUUUUUGCUCUCUGGUAGGCUGAGUUCCCAUAUUUGUAUUCUACUUUAGUUUUUUUCCUUUGCUAUUUUUGUGCAUUUGUCUUUCAUGUGAUAGUGUCAGUCUAUGAAGCAUGCCACCCCUCUCUUUUUAUCCUCAAAAUCUCAUUGGUGUUUUGAUUGUGAUUAUAUUGAAUUUAUAAUUGGUGGGAAUCUGACUUAUUUGAAUAUUGAGUGCUCUCAUUCAGGUUUAUCAAUCCACCUAUUCUUUGAUAAUCUCUAGCAACAUUUUUUUGUUUAUUGAGACAGAGUCUCACUCUGUCACCCAGGCUGGAGUGCAGUGGCAAGAUUUCAGCUCACUGCAGCCUCAACCUCCUGGGCUCAAGUGAUCCUCUCACCUCAGCCUCCUGAGUAGCUGGGACGGCAAGUGCACACCACCGCGACCAGCUAAUUUUUGUAUUGUUUUGUAGAGAUGGGAUUUUGCCAUAUUGCCCAGGCUGGUCUUGAACUCUUGAGCUCAAAGCAUCCGCCCAUCCCAGCCUCCAAAGUGCUGGGAUUACAGGCAUGAGCCACAGAACCCGGCCUCUAGUAACAUUUUAAAGUUUUCUUCAACAAAGAAGCUCAUUUUAAAGAUAGUUUGUAAUUUUUACUCCUAUUGAGAAUGAGUUCUUUUUCUUGAUUAGAUUUUUCUAGAUAGAAUUUUAGGUGCAUAUCUUAUAGUUUUUAAGUAGAAAAUAAUAUUUUCAAAUAAUGAUAAUUUUACAUUUAUAUUUCAUAAGUGUGUGUGUGUUGCGGGAAGUCAGGGACUCCAAACAGAGGGACCAGCUGAAACCAUGGCAGAAAAACUUGGAUUGUGAAGAUUUUAUGGACAUUUAUUAGUUCCCCAAAUUAAUACUUUUGUAAUUUCUUAUGCUUGUCUUUACUGCAAUCUCUAAACAUAAAUUGUAAAGAUUUCAUGGACAAUUAUCACUUCCCCAAUCAAUACCCUGGUGAUUUCCUAUGCCUGUCUUUACUUUAAUCUCUUAAUCCUGUCACCCGAGGAGGAUGUAUGUCGCCUCAGGACUAUGUGAUAAUUGCAUUAACUGCGCAAAUUGUAGAGCAUAUGUGUUUAUGCAAUAUGAAAUCUGAGCACCUUGAAAAAAGAACAGGAUAACAGCAAUUGUUCAGGGAAUAAGAGAGAUAACCUUAAACUCUGACCGCCGGUGAACCGGGCAGAAUAGAGCCAUAUUUCUCUUCUUUCAAAAGCAAAUGGGAGAAAUAUUGCUGAAUUCUUUUUCUCAGCAUAGAAUAUCCCUGAGAAAGAGAAUGUGCACCUAGGGGUAGGUCUCUGAACUGGCCCUCCUGGGGAGUACCUGUCUCUUAUGGUCGAGAUUGCAGAGGUGAGAUAGACUCCAGCCUCCCAUUGUGCUCCCAGGGUUAUUAGGAAGAGGAAAUUCCCGCCUAAUAAAUUUUGGUCAGACCGGUUGCUCUCAAACCCUGUCUCCUGAUAAGAUGUUAUCAAUGACAAUGGUGCCCGAAACUUCAACACCAAUUUUAAUUUCGCCUCGGUCCUGUGGUCCUGUGAUCUCGUCCUGCCUCCACUUGCCUUGUGAUAUUCUAUCACCCUGUUAAGUACUUGAUGUCUGUCACCCACACCUAUUCGCACAUUCCCUCCCCUUUUGAAAAUCCCUAAUAAAAACUUGCUGGUUUUUGUGGCUUGUGGGGCAUCACGGAUCCUACCAACAUGUGAUGUCUCCCCCGGACGCCCAGCUUUAAAAUUUC